AUGAGCAAAGUCUCUCAUUCUACUGCAGUAGGUUCAAUUAUGUAUUCAAUGGUAAACACAAGACUAGACCUUUCUUACUCAAUUGGUUUGCUUAGUAAGUUCAUGUCCAACCCUAGAAAAGCACAUUGGACAGCAAUGAAACAUGUACUGAGAUAUAUAGCAAGUACAACUGAACUGGGAUUGAAAUACGAGAAGGUAGGAGACUUGAUUGAGGUGGAAGGAUAUGUUGAUGCUAAUUUUUCAGGGGACAAAGAUUCAAGCAAGUCUACCACAGCUUAUGUUUUUAUGGUAUCUGGAAAUUGCAUAAGUUGGAAGUCUCAGUUACAACCAAUUGUCACCCUCUCCACUACUGAAGCUAAAUAUGUUGCAACAACUGAAGCUAUUAAGGAAGGAUUUGGAUACAAGGAUUGCUCAAGGUGUUGA